AUGACAGAAGAACGAGCAUCAAAGCGAACCAAGUCAACCAAUGGCAUGGCCUCGUCGGGCGAUGAGCUCCCACCGCCUGGCACUAGUUCCCGUACAGGACUUGCUUGUGAGGCCUGUAGACUGAGGAAGACUCGCUGCGUCGGCUUUCCCACCUGCACGUGGUGCCAGCGCCGCCGCCAGUCUUGCGUACGAGGCCAAAAUAGUCAGACGAGCCCACUGGACGAUUGGGGCAACCAAAUACUCGGUGCUAUAUCCAGGGCCAGAGACGAAAUUCUCGGUGCAUCAGCCAGAGUCAAUGCUGAUCAGCCGCUUACCCAAACCUCGGUUACGCUGUCGGAUGACGAACACGGUACUUGGCCUCGUACCACCCACGAAAGCCAGGGAUGCUUCCCAUGCAUGUCGAGCGCUGAAAACAUUCUACAGUGGGAAGUUCUGCGGAAUCAGCUUCCGAGCUCUGCCCAAUUCUCUUUCAACCCCACAGACUCGCACGAACCUGACAGGUCCACCAACUCCAAGGCUAGUGCCGAUACCUCGUCCACCAAACUCCGAGCUCUGCAGCAACGCUUCGAGACUCAGUUCCUGGUUCGGUAUCCCAUUAUCAACAGACCUUGGCUUACUCGGUACUUCCGUAAUGUGGUGGAAAGCGACGGAGAUUGGAGCGCUGAAGCAUGUCUCGUCUUUCUGGCUUGUGCUAUCGCAUCCUUGUGCGGCUUCUCCUCUCACGAUGUCUUGACGCCUCACACCACCUCCAUGAGUCCAGCAUCUGCUAUCUCGGAUUCAUGCAUGCCUAAUUCACGCCGACCUGCAUAUCAGUAUUGGACUAUGGCAAAGCGGAGGCUUGGUUGGGCCCUUGACGAACCUGCGGGUCUGCUCACCACCCAAUGUCUGUGCCUAGCUGGGUUCUGGCAUCUGCUAAAUUUCGCGCCACGAAGGGCUCGCAACAUGUUCUAUCGGGCUAAUGACAGUAUGAGGGACAUGAACUUUUCAAGCUUGCCGGAUACUGAGAGGCCUCUGGCACGAUUCAUUCAUGUCCUCUUUGCCGACAUGCUCGAGCGUCUGAAUUUCGAAUCGGAGCUUUUUCUAUAUAACGACCAGAAAAAACUGUCUAACAAAACCCUCUCACCAAACCAAAGCCAUGAUCUUUCUCCUGUCAUCAGUCUUCUAACGAAUGACUUAACUGGAGGCUCAUAUUUCGACCUCACCGACAAUCUCCAGCAAUUACACCAAACUCGAAAAGACAUCAACAAACUCCUGGUUACGAUAUCAUCAAUCUCCAGCUGGCUUGAUCUGCAUUCGUUGCAUGAUGAAGCAAAGGACUUGCGACGGCGUGUCAACCAACCCGCACAGCCGAGCGGCAUCAUGUGUGAGGGAGCUUUAGGUUCAACUGGACUUGAUCAUUCAUUCGGGGAGAAGAUCCUCGAGGAUGUAAGCAUUCAGAAAAAAGAGCUCACAGCGCGCUUACUCCGCGUUUAUUUGUGCCUGAAUCUGCACCUUUCCCCUCCCCUUCUACAGAAACUGCAUUCCAACGCCCAUGUUUCACCAGUCCAGUCACCCCAACAUAUCAUACAAGAGAUAGGAAGCCUUGCAAAUGAGUGCCUCUCGCUGACAGCUGAGGUAUUGACCUUGCAUCUCAAGCAGUGGCAAGACAGAGUGUCUCUGUCGAGCCGUAGUGUCACACCCAGCAGUCCAACCUGUCACGACCCUGAAGCAUUGUUCUCGUACCACUUCUCGUACCUAGGCUGCCUGACAUUCCUGGCAGUAUACUACGCCAAAACGAAAGCAGCCCGUGGCGAGAUGGAAUUUGCCCAUUGCCAUUCACUGGCGCUGCCUGCAGAUUGGCGUCACUUGGUUGCUGGUCACACGAGAAUGUUAAUAUCGGAUGACGAAGGGACUGAUAUAUGGAGAUGGGGAUAUCUGCUUAGCCAAUUUGAUGUGAAAUGA